GAAAAAUCCUGGAUUCUCAUUUGGAGUUGAAGAUAUUCUUAUUUAUAGCAGGUUCUGCAAUAAUCUUUGCAAAAAUUAAAUUUAUGCAAGUGAAUGUCCGAAUUUAAUUUUGCAAUUUAUAGGUACUAAUAUUAAAAAAAAUAAGCAUUAUUCAGCAAUAUUUCGUCCUAUAGAAUAUUUUAGAAGAAAGAAAGAAAUAAAGACUGAAGUAUUUUAUGAAAUUGAAUGUUUAUUUAUAUCGAAAAUAAAAAAAAGGAAAAAUUUUUAAAACCUCAAAUACUUAAUGAGAAAUUAAAUGUGAUUAUUUCAUUACUCUUUCAUAAGAAAAUAUUUUUGAUAUUUACAAAAAUUAAAAAUGUUUCUAAAUAUAUGCAUAAGGAUUAUUUUGACCAUUACAACAUAUAAAUAUUUAAUAAAAAAACAUCUAAAACGUCAUUUAAAAUAAUUAUUUAAUAGAAAAAUCUAAUUUUUCUCUUAAUCUAAUUUUUAAAAAUGCAAACUUUUUUUUUUAAUUUUCAAAUUAAAUGAAAAAUGCAUGGUUUCACGAAAGAAUUAAUAUAUUUUGGUUUCUAAGCGAACCUUUUCGUCUAAAAUUUUCUACUUUACUCAUUUAAAGUAGUUUCUUUUCAAAAAAACAAAAGAAAAGAAAAUUAAUUUUUGUCUAGAUUAUUAGAACCUUUUGCUUUAACUUUGAUAUUUCUAUCUGGUUUAUUUAUAAAGAAUAAUAGAAUAGUAGAAGACUAAUUAAUAUAAUCAAACAGAAGGAAAAGUGCUUUGACGACCAGCCCACCGGAGCCUAUUGAAGUGUAUUUGGUUGACGACAGUUACCUCUCCGUAUCGCUUAUACCUCUCAUGGUUGUAUAGGCUCCGGAAUCGUUCAUUGUCACAUACGGAUUCCAAAAAUUCGCCGUAAAAUCCUUCUCUCAAACACGGCUAAGAGUUCCCUAAGAGUUCUGUUCACUGAGGACUCACGUUUCAAACGAAUACGUGACUACUGGCAGGACUGGCAGGAUCAUAAUAUCAUAAUCUUAUACAGUACCAGCUUAGUCUUCAUGCCUAGGGUUUUGGACUGUUAAGUCAGGCUUUUAGUUAACAAAACUAGUUUACAAGUUUAACAUCUGCCCUAAAAAUUUACAUAUUAGGGGAGACUGGGGUAGAAUUAGCCACCAAAUGAAAUUUUUGAUUGCGUAUAAUUUGUACAAAAAUUGUUUGUAUGAGUCUGAUAAAUAUCACAAAAAGUGAAGCUAUUUUUCAGUUUUCCUUGUAAAAAUUUUGCAGAUAUUCCACCACGACUUAAACAAAUUUGCUCGUAGUUCUUAUACUAUUUCGGCGAACAUUAUGAAAUAUGUAUUUUUAGAUAGCUUUUAAUACAAGAUUUCGAAAUAUAUCAGGCUGAUAAGUCUAUUCUCUUUAGGAAAAAACUUGUCAAUAGUCUUCAGUUCCUCUAUGCAAAAACGUAUGGUAAAAUGAAAUGUAGAGAGGCCCCUGGAAUAAAGAGUGGUUUCCUCAAUAUUCCUUCGAAGGUAAACUAUAAGAUACUACUUUCUAAUACUAUACAUGGCUAAUUUUGCCCCGGUCUCCCCUACUUCAAGAGCGUUUAAUGAAUUUAUGGAUUAAUACUAUUGGAGUCGUACUGUUGUAGAAUAAUGCCAGAUUUUAAAGGUACUCCUCUUCCCACUAUAACGUUUUACCCCAGGUUAUACUAUACACCUUUUUUGAAAUGGCAAAAUAUUUAUUUUUGGUAUUAAAUACAUUUUUUAACAAUUGAGAAAUUUUGAUUUUUUUUAAAAACGAAUUCAGAAUUUGAAAAUGAACAAAAAUUAUAUUUUUUUAAAUAAAGAAGAUUGAAAAUUACACAGAUUUCAAAUCUAUAAGCAAAGAAUUUAUAUUUAUAUUUUUAAAUGAGAUUAAAAAAAAUAAAAAAAAAACGAAGCACCAAAACUGAGAUACUCAGUGUUUUGAGAUGUUGAUGAUCGCGUGAGUGAAAUUUCACAAUCUAUCAGUAAGAGCUAGAGAAAAAAAUGCCUCAUCCAAUAGAGUUUCAAAACUGAAAUGUUUAAUUUAAAUAGCAAAAGUUCUUUUUGCAAUCAGUGUGGGAUACCAGUGAGCAAAGAAGGAAGGCGACAGCAAAUGUUACUCUGAGAAAUUGCAAUUUUCACGUGUGAUUGCAUUAAAAGUGAUAAAUGGCUUAUAAUUUUCGUGUGACUUACAUUUAGGGUUUUGGAAUAUACAACAACAUACCAAAAGUGGCAGUAAAUUAGCAAAAUCAACUCAUCCGGACCAUUCUGGAUCGAUGACGGAAUGAAUUGCCUCAAUGGAACCGUCAAAGGAAUAUGAGUCGUGAUGCUGAAAGUUUGCCCACGUGGCGAUUAUGGGGUGAGGAACGAGAGAAGGAUGCCAUUUUUACGGUGUACCUCAAGAAGGUGCGAUACCAUCGUCCCACACCGAGUGCAAGUAGUCAAGACUCCGAUGAUGAAAUUUCCCACUUAGAGUGGGAGACGGUGCGUGUACGCUUCAUAAAGGCUGCCACCCUUCCACGUCUUGUGGAAGCACUAGCGACUGAUGAUGGGGAAUUGGAGAGUACCUUUAUCAAUGUCUUCAUGGCCACAUAUCGUACAUUUACGCAGCCGGAGAAGGUGCUGGAACUUCUUCUGGCUCGCUAUGAGCGUCUGCACUCGGAGCCACUGCACACAGAUUCCGUAUCAGCUGAGCACAAAAAGAGCCUCGUCUCGGCCCUCCAUGUGUGGCUCGAUGGCUAUCCAGAAGACUGGGAGGCGAGUAACCUUCAGCGACUUCUAACAUUCACCGCCAAGCGGUUACCCAAUUCGGAAGUGCACAUGAAGGCAGCACUUCGACUCGAUCGACUGACACGCACAAAGAAUCAUCAGCAGAUACGAUCGUGGUCAUCGCAGGAUGGACUUGAUCUCACCGAUCAAUUUGGGGGAUUGUGCCUAACUCCUGCCUUUAGAGUUCCUCAGCUACACAUCCUGCACUCGUACAGAUUUCCCCAUGUGCCCGUGAAGCAUUUUGCUGAGCAACUUACACGGAUGGAUAUGGAAUUGUUCAAGCGUUUGGUGCCACAUCAAUGUCUGGGAGCGAUAUGGUCACGAAAGGACAAACAUGAGGCCAAUACAGUAUUAGCUACAGUCACACAAUUCAAUGCAGUAUCCUUCCGUGUCAUUUCGAGUGUUCUAGUCGAACCCAGACUGAAACCGCAGGAGCGUGCACAGAUUAUUGCCACAUGGAUUGACAUUGCUCAGGAACUGAGAAUUCUCAAGAACUUCUCGUCACUGAAGGCAAUUGUUUCGGGAUUGCAAUCUAAUGCAAUUUAUCGGCUGUCAAAAACAUGGGCAGCAUUGGUGAGAGAAAAGUUGGAAUUGUUCAAUGAGUUGGCAAGGAUAUUCUCAGAGGACAACAAUGCAUGUGCUCAACGAGAGGUACUCAUGCGAGAGGGUACGGCAAAGUUUGCAGACACAGCCGGUCAGAAUGACAGGCAUUUGCAGAAGGUUUUUCAGAAGCAGAACACCCACAUUAGUCAUGGGACCAUUCCAUACUUGGGCACUUUUCUCACGGAUUUAACCAUGAUUCAUGCUGCCAUUCCUGAUACCAUUGGUGAUGGUCUCAUUAAUUUUGACAAACGCCGGAAGGAGUUUGAGGUACUGGCCCAGAUUAAGUUACUGCAGGGAGCUGCCAAUGCCUACCAUUUGCCCGAAGAUGCCCUAUUCGACAGGUGGUUUGCCUCAUUGCUCGUGCUGGACGAGAAAGAGGCACAUAAUCUAUCGUGUCUUCUAGAACCACCCACAGAGGUGAAGAAGAUCACUCAGGGUCACAAGAAAAGUGACUCAAUUGCCUCGAAUUCCAGCUCAGGAGCAGGAUCCCAGUUCUACUGUGAUUUCAACAAUUCCACGCCAAGUUCUCGCAACAAUUCUCUGGAUAGAGAUGCAACUCCACCAAAUGCAUCCAUAAUGUCAGCUGCGAGUAGUACAUCGUCGCUGUCGUUGGAGUCCUCGAGUACUUCAAGUGGACAGCAGCAGCAGCAGCAACAGCAGCAGAAGAAUCAGUCAAAUCAAACCAAAGCUUCCCACAUAAAUGCCCAGCUGGUGCAGAAUUCACCCAUGAAGAAUCCCUCUCCGGACUUUUACAUUAUCCGUGUAACGUAUGAGACGGAGAAUGUGGAAUUGGAUGGAAUAGUGCUGUAUAAAAGUAUUAUGUUGGGCAAUAACGAGAGAACACCUCAAGUUAUACGAAAUGCCAUGAUGAAGUUGACCCUCGAGGGUGAUCCAGAUAAAUAUACACUGGCUCAAGUGCUCCCGGAUCGGGAGCUCGUAAUGCCAGCCAGUGCUAAUGUGUACUACGCUGUGAAUACAGCACACAAUCUCAACUUCAUCCUACGUCCCAAGAAGGAGGACAGCACUUGACGAUGACUGUGGUCCAAUAGAAUGUGAGAUAAAAGUGACAAGUACUUAAAUUAAAAAGAACUCCUAGUUGAGUGAGGAACAAAAAAAAUACUCAAAGUGCAAAAGUGACAAAUUAAUGACAAAAAUAACAAUGAAGUUAAUAUUCUUAAGUAGACACUCAAUACAACAUUGCACGCCUCUAAUUGUUAUCUUUUUUUUUUCUAGACACUUAUUUAUGACAAACCUUUUUUUAAUAUACAAUUUGUAAUUUUUUACUCUUGAGUAAAAAAAAACUAAAGUCGUUUUCCUUUUGUAGAUAAUAUAUUUGUAUAAUAGCGCGAAUGAAUCUCGUGAAGAAGAAAAACAUGAAAAAUUA